GGUCGUCGUUGCUGGCUUUACAUAUUAUCUAUAGCCUGCAUCGGUUUAACUUAUUUUACACCUGAAAGGCAGGGUCAGUUCAAACUGCGCCAGGUCCUUUAUAGCGAUAUUUUCACUAGAAUAAUUAGUAGUGUUGGUGUGAUUUUGGCGGCGGAUGUGACGCCUGUCUGAGCUGUAGGAUGCUGUACACUGAGGGCUGUGUCAGUCCACUGGACCAUCAACACAGUCUGCCGUCCAAUCGAAUAUUAAUUACCGCCUAAAUGCAGCAGAUCUGCUAACGUUAAAGGUUUAGUAUUUCUGGUUGUGCACAAGAAGAUGAAAGCUAACUUGUUAAAGAAAAGAAAAAAGAAAACCAAACAACUGCCAUAUUGUGAUGAAGAGCCAUUGCCAACAAAUGUUGAUGGCAUUAGUAUUGACACCAAUGAAACCAAAACAUCUAAUGACACUCAGGACUGUGCUAUGAACACCUGUCCUGGGGUCACACAGAUCAAAGCAGAAGAAGGAGAGCUGGAAGCUUUGGGAGUCGUAAAGGUGUCAUCUGAACAACACCAGAAGCAGCAGCAGCAGAAAGUCAAUCUGCAGCCUCAUCCUCCUGCUUUCAGAUCAUUCGUUCCAAAGACAGAACCAGACUAUGUCCCUUUAAACCCACCUAGUUUUCAGGUCGAAACUGAGCCUGGCAUUUUUGAAGUGCUGCAGAGAGAGUCUGCCUUGAUUGUUAACGAGGAGAAUGACAAUUGGAAGGAAGUGAAGCUUGAGACACUAGAUGAAAACUCUGUGGGUGAUUCUGGCCUGGAGAAAAACACUGCUUCCUCCUCCCUGGUUUUUCCUUGUCCCCACUGCAGUGUGACAUUCACUGACUUUACAUACUUGGACAAACACCUCAAAUGGUGCCAUCGAAGUGAAUACCUGGCGUGGGUGAAAAACCACAAAGUCUACAACUGCUCUAAAAUCUCCUCCGGGAUGCUCAGCUGCUCAUCAUGCCACUAUCGGUUCUUCUCUCAGAGAGAGCUGGAGAACCACAUGCGCAGGGUCCACCUCCCUACGCCUAAACCCAUCCGAAAGCGCUACACCUGCCCGCACUGUGAUCGCAGCUUCGAUUACAUCGGUAACCUGCAAAACCAUUGCCGCAGAUGCCAUGGCUUAGCCACGGUGUGUAAAGAUGGACAAAUUAGCUGUGCUAAAUGUGGCAAAAGCUUUGCUGGAGUCUGGGGUCUCGGACCACAUCGCUGCCAUGAGGAUGAGAAGAAAACCAAGGUGGCUGUCGACGAACCCAUCUGCACAGACCGUGGCUAUAUGUGCCGAGACUGUGGCAAGAGCUGCUCUACACUUCAGUGUCUGAAGAGACACAAAAGCACUCAUACUGGUGAGAAGCCAUGCGUCUGCGAAGACUGCGGCCGUAGGUUUCAUGAUAUGGGGAGUCUGCGGAAACACAAAGUCAUACAUACAGGGACCCGGCCAUUCAAGUGCCCCGAAUGUGGUAAAGAGUUUGCAAGGAUGGCCCAGCUCAGAUGUCAUCUGCGAACCCACACAGGGGAAAGGCCGUACCCUUGCCCCCAGUGCGGGAUGAGAUUCAGCCUCCGAUCGACACUUCGAAUCCACCAACAGGUUCACUCCAAGGAAAAAACAUUUUCAUGCCCAGACUGCGGCAAAAUGUUCUCUGCUAUGAGAUACGUGAAGGUCCACCAAAGAGCGCACAACUCUGAGCGAAUGCUGCAGUGCAGAGAAUGUACGAAGACGUUUUCACGGGAGGACGUGCUCAAGAAACACCUACGCAUUCACACGGGCGAACGGCCGUACCAGUGCAACGUCUGCAGCAAACGUUUUGUCCGCAUCUCGCACCUGAAAAACCAUAUGCGCACACACACCGGCGAGAAACCGUACCGUUGCGAGCAGUGCGGCUCCAGCUAUGCCCAGUCCGGCGAUUUGACCAAACACAUGAGGAGACACACAGGGGAAAAACCCUUCGCAUGUUCUGACUGCGACCGCCGCUUCAACAACUCGGGCGACUUGAGCAAACACAGGCGCAGUCACACAGGCCACAGGCCUUACAAGUGUAUGGAGUGCGGGAAGAGUUUUCUCAUGCCCCAGCACCUGAAGUUACACAAACUAUCACACACGGGCGAGAGGCCAUACAGCUGCCCGCAGUGUCUCCGCACCUUCACUCGCCCGCACCACCUUUCACAACACAUGGAAAAACACAUAUGAAGAUGGAUGGAGGGUGGAUAGCUGCACGACUUCUGUCAAAUCUAAAUAGAAUUUAAGAAAAAUUAAUUGGGAGUUCAUAGAUGAAUUGGAAAUCGGUUUAAUUUUUAAAAGUAACUGAAUCCAGAUGCAUAGUCUUCCUUUCUGGACUGUCAUUAAAUGUUUAACAUUAUAGUCAUUUUGCAUGCUCAGCUCCAUUGGAGAUAUCAAAUAGAAUUAAUGCCUUACACUCUUUUUUUUUUUUUGGUAAUAAAUUUGUUUCAAACCACAGUUUGUCUGAUGCAUUUUGGCCAAAUAUAUUACCAAAAAAAGUGUCUAUUUAAGGUACAGGCAUCAUUAGCAGUGUAGCUUGAAUUGUUUAUUAAUUUAUAAUUCAUAUUUAACCAUUUAAAAACACUGUUGGUUCUACUUCUGCUGUGGCCUAGUAAUAUUCUAUGAUUAUUAUUAUUAUUUUAAUAUUAAUCUGUGAGCUU